AAAUACAAACACUAGGGGGAAAAGGGCAAAUCCAUCAACCCAACCAUUCUUUGUAACUUGUACCUUCGUGCCUUGACUUAAAAACACAUCCUAAAUUUUUCUCUCAUUGGUUAUUGUUGUUCCCAUCAUGGAAUUCAGAUCAAAGUCAUGCAAAGAUGAAAAGCUACAAAUUGAAGACAAGGUAACCCCAACAAGCAUGCAAGGUCUAAGGAGUUUUAGUGCUAAAUAUGUUUAUAAUCCAAAUCAAACAUAUAAUAAGGAUGUGAAGAUGAAGAAAGUAAAAAGCAUAUCAAAGAGUAGGAGUUUCAUGAAUGAUGCCGAAUUGCAAAGGAAGAAGAGAGUUGCUGGGUACAAAAUAUAUGAUGCUGAAGGAAAAGUGAAAGGGUCUCUAAGGAAGAGUUUCAAAUGGAUCAAAAACACUUAUACUCAAGCUAUCUAUGGUGGAUGGUGGUGAAAUGAAAUGGUUAUUAAUGUGUAUUUUAUUUCCUUUUGUUCAUUUCUUGCAUGUAACUUUCAUCACUGCUUUUAUGGUUAGAUUGUUUAGUAGCUGUUGAAUUUCAAAAUCCUCAUUUCUAAUUGGGUUUGAACUAGAGAGUUUGAUUAAUUUGUUUGCAAUUUUAUUUUAAUAUAUGUGUAUGAAUAUGUAUGUGUUAAAUUGUGGCCUAAGUAAAACAAUAUAAAAGGUUUGGAAUUAAAACCUA